AAUUUUUUAAAUGACAAAACACGCAACAUCUCCGGCUUAGUACUCGUUCAGAUUUGGUUGGAUACUCUGCUCUCGAAAAUCCCGAAACUUUCCAUUAAACUUCAUACCCGUCAAUUACAAUGAUGUUCCUCUGCCUGAUGCUAUUCACAAUUCUGGCCAUACACCUUUGGCUGCGUCAGAAGUACGACUACUUUAGAAGACAUGGGAUUCCACAUCUACCCAUUUCCGGUUGGUCUCCUCUGGGUCACCUCGGGAAGCUGCUCUUCUUACGCAUUUCCUUUGGAGAUCUCUUCCACGAAAUCCACUCGGAUCCACGAUGUGGAAAAGCCAAAAUAGUUGGCUUCUUUGUAUUCCAGACUCCGGCUCUGAUGAUUCGGGAUCCGGAGCUGAUUCGUCUGGUGCUGAUAAAGAACUUUAAUAGUUUCCUGAAUCGUUACGAGGCGGCGGACGCUGGAGAUUUUAUGGGUGCGUUGACUCUGCCACUGGCCAAGUAUCACAACUGGAAGGAGAGCCGUCAGUGCAUGUCCCAGCUCUUCACGAGUGGUCGCCUGAGGGAGGUAAUGUAUCCCCAAAUGGUUCGAGUGGCUGACGAUCUGGAGCACUACCUGGAUCGCAAAAUGGGACAUCGUUCGGAGAAAGUUCUGCCGCUCGGCAAGAUGUGCCAGCUUUAUACCACAGAUGUCACAGGCAAUCUCUUCUACAGCCAGGAUGUGGGUGGACUGCGUCAGGGGCGAUCUCCUCUACUCAAAAAGACCAAGGAACUGUUUAAUCCUAAUAUACGCAAGGUCGUGGACUUUAUGACCAUUUUCUUCCUACCAAAGUGGGCAAAUCUUCUGGGAGCCAAAGUUUUCAGCGAGGAUUAUGGACAGUUCAUGAGGAAGCUAGUGGAUGAGCAUCAGGAAACGAGGAUGGGGGAUCUGAUCAACCAGCUGCAAAACUUCCAGCUGUCGCGCUCUUCUGACCACUACUCUCAGCAUCCAGAUUUCAUAGCCUCCCAGGCGGGGAUCAUUCUCUUGGCUGGAUUCGAAACAUCCUCGGCGCUGCUGGGAUUUACUCUUUAUGAACUAGCCAAGGCUCCGGAGCUCCAAGAGCGGCUAAGGAGCGAACUUAGCGAUGCCUUCUUGACUAGCUCCCACCUCAGCUACGAGACACUUAUGACUCUACCCUACCUAAAAAUGGUGUGUCUGGAGGCACUGCGUCUCUAUCCAGCCGCUGCAUUUAUUAACAGGGAGUGCACAAGUCCGGAUAAAGAAGGCUUCUCCCUGCAGCCGCAUGUGGACGUUGUGGUGCCACCUGGAAUGCCGGCGUAUAUCUCAAUCUUAGGCUUACACCGUGACGAACUGUACUGACCCGAUCCCUGUCGGUUUAAUCCCGAACGCUUUUCUCCAGAAAGAGUAAUGGACAUAAAACCCAUGACCUAUAUCCCAUUUGGAGCUGGGCCACAUGGCUGCAUUGGCAGUCGCCUGGGCCUCCUGCAGUUGAAACUGGGGAUCGCUCACAUAUUGAAAUUGUACAGGGUGGAGAUGUGCUCCCGGACAGUGAAAGAAAUCCGAUUCAAUCCCAAAACCUUUAUGCUGGAGUCCCGGGAUGAAAUAUACCUUAGGUUCUGCAGGGAAUAGAGUAGUAGUUUGGCUAACUGGUGGAUAACAAAAACGAUAUAUAAUCCUUCAACAAAAAGUUCCUAAUUAAGAGAUCUCAUCAGAAACAUAGUAUUCUUUUAAAUCAAAUCCUUUAUAGUUCGUAGUUAAUAUAUUAUAAUUACAAAUGGUGUCUUUGAGUCCCAUCUUAUAUUAUCGUAAACCGUUUUUAAAA